CCGCCCUGCCCGAAGCUCCACAUCCGCCCCCCAACGGAUGUUUGCGUGUGGCGCUCGGGAGAGACGCUGUAGCUCGCUCUCGCGCUCAAGUAUAUUACGAGGUUUUUCUGGCACAGGUAUUGCCCACGUGUGUGCCACUUCAGAGUGGCAUUGUGGGUAAUGGCUUCAGACCUACUAGUUGACCUCACAGAUGACCUGAAGGAAGAGGGGAACUUGGACCAGCUGAAGCUGUCAGCUGAGGAAUGGCUCCGAGAGGAAUCGGAAGACAGGAGCACGUCCAAAAACAACAUCUCCAGUGAACAAGGGGGCAGUGCAUUGCUACAGUGGGACGACCCUUACUACGAUAUUGCCAGACACCAAAUUGUGGAGGUGGCAGGUGAUGAUAACUAUGGCAGGAAGGUCAUCCUGUUCAAUGCCUGCCGUAUGCCCCCUUGCCAUGAGCUGAACCACCACAGCCUGCUGAACUAUCUGAAGCACACUCUGGACCAGUAUGUGGAGAGUGAUUACACUCUCAUCUACUUUCACUACGGCCUCACCAAAGAGAACAAGCCCUCAUUAGGCUGGCUCAAAGAUGCUUACCGGGAAUUUGACAGGAAAUAUAAGAAGAACAUCAAGGCUCUGUAUAUCGUGCACCCAACCAUGUUAAUCAGGACCCUGUUUUUCCUCUUCAAGCCAUUGAUCAGUUUUAAGUUUGGACGCAAGAUCAACUAUGUCAACUACCUGAGUGAGCUUCAAGACAUCGUUAAGUGUGAGCAGUUGGUGAUACCGGACGUUGUCAGACAGUAUGACGAGAAGAUCAGAGCCUCACUGAAGCCAGCCAAUCAGGGCUCUCAGCUUGCCACACCCUCGGCCCCUCUUCCUCACCAGCAGUUUGGAGUCCCUCUCUCUCUGCUGAGUGAGAGGAAUGCGGAUAAAGAGGGGAUUCCACUGGUGAUGCAAGAGACAGUUGCUUUCUUAAAGGAGUGUGGCCUACAAAUAGAGGGAAUCUUCCGCAGAGCUGCCAACGUGACCCUUGUGAAAAGCAUACAGAACAGAUAUAAUUCAGGAGAGGUUGUUGACUUACAUGAGCUGGCCGAUGUCCAUCUUGCUGCUGUCAUCCUCAAGACGUUCCUCAGGGAGCUGCCUGAACCUAUCCUCACAUACCAGCUGUACAAUGAUGUAGUCAACUUCUCCAAUGUGGAGAACAGUUCUCAGGCUAGCGUGAUCUGUGACCUGCUGAAGACGCUGCCCAAGGAGAACUACACAGCUCUCAAGUUCCUUAUACAAUUUCUGGUACAGGUGUCUGCACAGAGUGAGGUGAACAAGAUGAACAACAUGAACCUGGCUGUCGUGUUUGGGCCAAACCUUAUGUGGGGCCGGGACGCUGCCAUGACUCUGAGUGCUAUCGGACCCAUUAACAACUUCACACGAAUCCUGCUUGACCGGCACAGCCAGAUCUUUGGCCCAUAGCCAAAAAACUGGACUCGAUGAAGCACUUCCUGUUUUUUUAAUAGCGUCCCUCUCAACCGUCCGACCCUAAAUCCAGCCCAAUCACAGGUGUUGCCCCCUAGUGCCAAAUGUAUUAGUGUGGCUACUUGUGUAAUGUUGUUACUGUACAUAGAACGGAAUGAGGUGGAGGCUGUAUGUUACACGGACCAACGUAAGGGCUAAGGGCGAGAUGAGGGAAUUGGACUGCCUUUUUGUAAUUGGUCCCUUCACAUUCCCAAAAGAUGGCUGCAUUAUCGCACGUGGUACAUGCCAUGGUUGUGCUCCUUUUAAGGUCGAGGCAAUCAGCUGUUCUUGAGUGCCUCCAGUAUGAUACAGGUGCUCUACUCAACGAGACACGUUUAUAUAGAAAAUGAUCAUAAUGGUACAGUGGUACAGACUUUUACUGAUUUUUAUUUUUUUUACAGUACUUUGUUCUGCUAGAAAUUAAGAUGACCACAUCUCAUUUAUAUAAUCCGUUGAUUUUAAAUUGCCUAAUUUCCAAGUGGAUAGGAAGAAUUAUUCUUCUAUAUACUGUUAUAAUACACUUAUUUUCACAAUACAGUGGUACCUCGGUUCUCGAACUCACUAGAACUCGAAUUUCUUUAAAGUCGAACAAACCAGUUUGAAUAUCGAGUACGCGCCAGGAAAUGAGUCAUACUACAAUGCAAUUCUUACUUG